GAUAAAUGAGUUUCUCUCUUACCUUUUUUAACUAACAUAUGCUGGUCUGUUUAUGGAAUUCAAAAAUGAAGAAGCUACAGGGCCGGUGUGCUGAGGGAGUCGUUUUUCUUGGUAAGUUAGGCUCUAUUCAAUCUAGAGAUUGCCUUUCUUCGCAUUGCCCAAAUGAUCACAAAAGGUUCUUUCCUAAUCAUGCGUCGUCUAAGGUGCAUCAAUUGCACCUUGAUUACUUCAGGUUUGCUGGCCGUGUGAUUGCUUUAGCAUUGAUGCAUAAAGUGCAAGUAGGUGUUGUCUUUGAUCGUAUCUUUUUCUCACAAUUGGCUGGAAUGCAUGUUUCUUCGGAAGAUAUCAAAGAGGCAGAUCCAUGUUUGUAUAGUAGCUACAAGCAGAUCCUCGCUAUGGAUGCUGAUGCUAUUGAUUCAAAUGAUCUAGGGUUGACUUUUGUUAGAGAAGUUAAGGAGUUAGGAUCCAAGAAAGUUAUAGAGCUGCGUCCUAGUGGGAAAAGCAUUUCUGUGAAUAGCAGAAAUAGGCAGGGAUAUAUUGACCUUUUUUAACUAACACUAAUUAUUUGUAAGUGAAAGAGUAAUGUUUAGUCAUUAAAUUUGAAUUUAAAUU